AUGCAUCUUAUUAGUAUUUGCAUCAUUAUCUUGUGGGCAUAUGCAUAUCAAAGUAUGUCUAGAAUGUUGGAUGAAUCAUCUGUUGUUAAAGCACACCAACAAUGGAUGAUGAAGUAUGGAAUCACAUAUUCAAAUAAUUUUGAGAUGGAGAAACGUUUACAGGUAUUCAAAGAGAAUUUAGAAUACAUAGAGAAGUUUAAUAACUCUGGUAACAAGAGUUACACGCUUGGCUUAAAUCCAUAUUCUGAUUUAACUACUGAAGAGUUUAUGGCUUCCUAUACGGGACUCAAUGUCCCAAGCCGAGUUUCUUCCUCCAAACUAAAAUCAAGUUCAGUACUCUUCAACAUCACAUCAAAUUUAGAUGAUUUAGAUUGGAUGGAUUGGAGAGACAAUGGAGCAGUUACCGAUAUUAAAGCACAAGGAUUUUGUGGAGGUUGUUGGGCGUUUGCAGCUGUGGCGGCGGUAGAAGGCUUAUGGAAAAUAAAGAGGGGCACGCUGCUCAGAUUGUCAGAACAACAAGUAAUUGACUGUGAUACGAAUAGCGAGAGUUGUACCAGUGGUGAUAUUGUUAGUGCCUUCAAAUACAUGGUAGGAAGCGUUGGUAUUCUCGAAGAAUCUCAAUAUCAAUAUACACAAGGUGAAAAACCCUGUAAACCAGUAAAUAUAGAUGAUGUUGAGGCUUAUAUAAAAUCUUACAAAAUGGUAAAAGAGAAUGAUGAACAACAAUUACUUCAAGCUGUGUCACGACAACCAGUUGCGGCUGCUGUUCAUGCCGGACAGGAAUUUAAAGAAUACGCUGGAGGGGUUUAUGCAGGAACAUGCGGACCUACGGAAAAUCAUGCAGUUGCUAUAAUUGGUUAUGGUGUAAAUGAAAAUGGAGUGAAAUAUUGGUUGAUUAAAAAUUCUUGGGGUCAAGGCUGGGGAGAGAAAGGUUACAUGAGGUUGAUAAGAGAAGGUCCAGCUGGUAAACCUGAAGGUCAUUGUGGCAUUGCUAAUUAUGCUUCUUUUCCUCAGUUAGAGGAUGGAUAUUGAGAUUCAAAAAAUAUAUAUGAAAGAAAAAUAAAAUAUCUUUAUACAUUCUGGUUUGUAUU